CUCAUCAUAUUAUUUCAGGUGUUGUUCGGCACUCACCUUCAGUGUGUGUUCCACUAUGGACCGCGAAAGGGCUGACUGGCACAGGACAAAACGAGAGAGAAAAGCCCACAUGCUGCAGAAUGUCGGAUGACAGGGGUACUAUGUUGCACAUCCUUGAGGAGCCUCGGAUGCGGGAGGAAGUGGAGAGACUUCGGACCUUCCAGAACUGGCCUGCAGAUGCACCCGUGGCUUCAGGAGACCUGGCUAAGAUGGGCUUCUUCUUCCUGGGUUCUGGGGACAAAGUCCAGUGUUUCUGCUGUGGAGGGGUUUUAAGGUUCUGGGAGCAGGGUGACAGCCCAGCCGUUGAACAUAAGCGUCAUUUCCCUACUUGCAGCUUCAUACAGGGUCGAACUGUGGGGAAUAUUCCACUGGCGGUGGGCUCCUCAGACUCUGUGGAUGGCCAGCUGUUGAGUCAGCUUCAGAGGAUGACUAUGGAUGAUCAGGGAACAGUUGGACAAGCAGUAUACCCCGAGAUGGAGACAGAGGACUCUCGACUUACCACUUUCCACAACUGGCCCACUGAAGCCUUGGUGCAGCCAGAUGUUCUGGCCCAAGCAGGGUUUUUCUACACAGGUCAUGGUGACAAUGUCAAAUGCUUCUUCUGUGAUGGAGGACUGAGGAACUGGGAGCCAGGGGACGACCCCUGGCAGGAACAUGCCAAGUGGUUUCCAAGAUGUGAGUUUUUAAUCCAGUCACGAGGGCAGGAGUACAUCAGCAACAUCCAGGAUGCUCAUUUCCACCUGGGUGAUACUAUGGGAAGAUCACAGAUGUCCACAGGCAGAGAUGAUGGUGGCAGAAAUGAUAUGGUCGGAGGUCUGGGAGCUUCAUCAGCCAUGCUCUCUCCUGUUGUGCAGACUGUGCUGCAGAUGGGGUUUGAAGCCGGCGUGGUGGAGAGUCUGGUUCAGACCAAGUAUCUGCUGACAGGCCAGUACUACACCUCAGUGUCUGAGCUGGUUACUGAUGUUCUGCAAGCAGAAGAGGAGGACAGGCAGGCAGGGCCAAACAGCAGAGAGCAAGAAAGAAGCCUGGGAUCCAGUGCAGGAAACACGAGGACCGAGACACCAAUUCCAAAGAGAGUAAAGGAUCAAAGUCCCGAGGAGCUGCUCAGGCAGCUGCAGGAGGAGAGAACCUGUAAAGUCUGCAUGGACAAGUUGGUAUCCAUCGUCUUCAUCCCUUGUGGUCACCUGGUGGUUUGUGGCGAUUGUGCCGCCAGCCUGCGUCACUGCCCCAUCUGCAGAGCUGUCAUCAGAGGCAGUGUUCGUGCUUUUAUGUCUUAAGGCUGUAGUUAAAAACUGCCACUUCACUGGUAUUCCAGUUUCCCCUUGAAUUUGCGCUGCCUGUAAUCUUCAGUGAAUUAAAAAAACUAAGGAGUGCUGGUUUUAUAAUGUUAUUCAAUAAAAAUUUUCGGUUU